AUCCACAAAGCCCCCAUUUUUCCCCUAAGGCAACGAGCGACGACUCCGAGCGCAAAACAAUACGGGACAAGAGAGAGAUUAGAGAGAGAGAGAGAGAGAGAGAGAGAGAGAGAGCGAGAGAGAGAGAGAUCGCAACCAGAAGAGAGAGAGAGAGAGAGAGAGGGACGGAGAGUGAGGGGAGGGGGAGAGAGAAUCGGCAUUAAUGGCGGAAGGGCAAAACCCGCGGAAGUCAAACGAAGAGAGUGUGAAGCUGUUCGUUGGUCAGGUCCCCAAGCACAUGACCGAAGCUCAGCUUCUUGCAAUGUUCAAGGAGUUUGCUCUAGUAGACGAGGUCAACAUAAUCAAAGACAAGACCACGCGAGCUUCCCGAGGGUGUUGUUUUCUUAUAUGCCCUUCGAGGCAGGAAGCGGACAAAGCAGUCAAUGCGUGUCACAACAAGCGGACGCUUCCUGGGUCAUCAAGCCCACUGCAAGUGAAGUAUGCAGAUGGUGAAUUGGAAAGGCUAGAACAUAAACUUUUUGUUGGUAUGCUUCCAAAGAAUGUUUCUGAAGCUGAAGUUUCCGAUCUAUUCUCUAAGCAUGGAACAAUAAAAGAAUUACAAAUUCUACGAGGUUCUCCACAGACAAGCAAAGGAUGUGCUUUUCUUAAAUAUGAAACGAAAGAACAAGCCCUUGCAGCUUUGGAGGCCAUCAAUGGAAAGUAUAAGAUGGAGGGAUCCAGUGUUCCUUUAGUUGUCAAAUGGGCAGACACAGAAAAGGAAAGGCAAGCUCGGAGGGCUCAGAAAGCUCAAUCACAGGGUUCUCAUUUGCCAAAUACUAAUUCGACACAGCAUCCUUCUUUAUUUGGAGCUUUUCCAAUGGGUUAUGUCCCCCCAUAUAAUGGGUAUGGGUAUCAGGCCCCUGGAACUUAUGGACUCAUGCAGUACCGCCUGCCACCAAUGCAGAAUCAACCGGCUUUCCAUAACAUGGUUCCUACAAUAAACCAAGGAAAUGCAUUACGUGGAAUGGCGCCUGAUAUUUCCCCUGGUAUGGCCCCUAGAAGCUAUGCUAUAUCAUCCGGAAGUUAUAUGGGCUCUGCUUAUCCUGCAGUGCCUGGCCUUCAGUAUCCCAUGGCAUAUCCUGGAGGAAUGAUGAGUCACAGGCCAUUGAGUGGUUCUCCUGGUUCAGUGCCACCUGCAGUCACAAACAGUAACUCUGGAACAUCGUCAGGUGCCAGUUCGAGUUCUGGGAGUCAGGCUGAAGGUCCUCCUGGGGCUAAUCUAUUCAUUUACCACAUACCUCAAGAAUUUGGUGAUCAAGAGCUUGCAAAUGCUUUUCAAGCAUUUGGCAGGGUCUUGAGUGCUAAGGUCUUUGUUGACAAAGCAACUGGUGUUAGCAAAUGUUUUGGAUUUGUCAGUUAUGAUUCACCUGCAGCUGCUCAAUCUGCCAUUAGUGUGAUGAAUGGAUGCCAAUUAGGUGGUAAGAAGUUGAAGGUUCAACUGAAGAGAGACAACAAACAGAAUAAACCAUACUGACUUGAAGGUAAGUUAGGAAGGAAGCAGAAUCCCCUACGGUAUGUGGUUGCAUGCACCUGGCCAUAUGGGAGUUACUGCAGUAUCAUGAACGUGGGGUGGAUUGGAGAUAAUCGUUAAAUGCAAUACUCCAUCCUACUUCUUGUUGCCAUGUGGGAUUGAAAUCCUCGUAACUUGUAAUUCUUGGUGCAUUUCGUGCCGACACAAUUUGUAAUCUGUGUAUCAUGGUUUAUUAAGACAUUAAUUAAAAAUUUAUUGAUUUUUACCUUGGGAACUUCUGGUGUUGCAAUAAUUUAAUGGAACAUCCAUGCGAUUUUUUU